AGCAAAAGCAUAAAACAAAAGCAUUCAUAAGUUGGGGUUUUCUAUUUCAAGCCAUGAUUUAAUUAAAAAAAAUUAACACCGGCGUCCGGCGACAUCAAAUUCAACACCAACACGCACAGAAGCUUUUCGUAUCCCGACGAUUUCUGUCUCCUCUGCAACAAUGGCGGCAGCAGUCUCCAUCGCAGCAGAGUGGCAGCUGCUCUACAAUCGCUACUACCGGAAGCCUGAAAUCUACUCUAUGAAAUGGAAGCACAUUGAUCUCAAUCGCAACAAGGUAGCUUGCGCGCCUUUUGGUGGUCCGAUCGCCGUAAUCCGUGACGAUUCAAAAAUCGUCCAGCUAUAUGCCGAAUCAGCCCUUCGGAAGCUCCGAAUCUUCAAUUCCGCCGGCAGUCAGAUCGCUGAAACAGUCUGGCGAAACCCUGGAGGCCGAUUAAUUGGUAUGUCGUGGACCGAGGAUCAAACCCUAAUUUGCAUUGUUCAAGAUGGUACCGUUUAUAGGUAUAAUAUUCAUGCGGAGCUGAUUGAACCCAGCGUUUCGCUGGGGAAGGAGUGCUUUGAGCAGAGUGUGGUGGAUUGUGUUUUUUGGGGGAAUGGGGUUGUGUGUAUGAAUGAAGGGUUUAUGUUUUUUUGCGUGGCUGAUUUUUCGAGUUUAGGUUCGGAUAAGGGUGUGGUUAAGCUGGCUGAUCCAGGGCUCGAGGAUCCGCCCUUGUGUAUGGCGGUGAUCGAGCCAAAGUACACGAUGUCAGGGAAUGUUGAGGUGUUGCUUGCUGUCGGGGAUCAUGUUUUGUUGGUUGAUGAAGAUGGGGUGCAGCAGUUGGGUGUUGGUGUCGGCCCGCUUCAGAAGAUGGUGGUUUCGAGGGAUGGAAAAUAUUUGGCUUCGUUCACUCAUGAUGGGAGGCUCUUGGUUAUUACCACUGACUUUGCUAGCAUCAUUUUCGAGUAUAGUUGCGAGUCUGCUCUUCCUCCAGAGCAGCUGGCUUGGUGUGGACUAGACAGUGUAUUACUGUAUUGGGAUGAUGCUCUAGUGAUGGUGGGUCCUUAUGGAGAUCCAGUACGCUACUUUUAUGAUGAACCGAUAGUUUUGAUAUCAGAAUGUGAUGGUGUAAGGGUUCUAUCCAACACAAAUAUGGAAUUUCUCCAGCGAGUUCCUGAUUCCACGGUGUCUAUUUUCAAAAUAGGAAGCACAACCCCUGCAGCUUUGCUAUAUGAUGCUCUGGAUCAUUUUGAUAGGCGAAGUGCCAAGGCUGAUGAAAAUUUGAGAAUGAUAAGAUCAUCAUUGCCAGAGGCAAUUGAAGCAUGCAUUGAUGCUACCGGUUAUGAAUUUGAUGUUUCACGUCAACGUACGCUGCUGAGAGCUGCAAGUUAUGGUCAAGCAUUUUGUUGCAAUGUUCCUCGCGAUCGUUUUCAAGAAAUGUGUAAAACCUUGCGUGUAUUAAAUGCUGUGCGCAGCCCUGAGAUUGGAAUCCCUCUUAGUAUACAACAAUUCAAGGAACUAACAGCACCGGUUUUGAUUUCUCGCUUGAUUAAUGCCCACCAUCAUCUUCUGGCGCUGAAACUGUCUGAGUACCUCGGCUUAAACCAGGAGCUGGUUAUAAUGCAUUGGGCAUGUACAGUGAUAACAAGUUCAUUAGCAAUGCCUGAUUCAGCUCUCCUCAGUUUUUUACUGGACAAGUUGAAAUUAUGCAAAGGCAUAGACUAUGCAAGAGUAGCUGAGCAUGCAGAUAAAAGUGGUCGUAGAAAGUUGGCUGCUUCUCUUGUCGAGCAUGAGCCUUGUUCAUCUAAACAGGUUCCACUGCUUUUAUGCAUAGGAGAGGAAGACUCGGCUUUGACCAAAGCAACUGAAAGUGGGGAUACAGAUCUUGUUUAUUUUGUUCUGUUCCAUAUUUGGCACAAGAGACCAGCAUUGGAGUUCUUUGGAACAAUUCAAGCUAAACCUUUGGCGAGGGAUUUAUUUAUAGUGUACUCUAGGUGUUAUAAUCAUGAAUUUUUGAAGGACUUUUUUUUAUCAGCUGGACAACUGCAGGAAGUGGCAUUUCUUUUAUGGAAGGAGUCCUGGGAAUUAAGCAAGAAUCCAAUGGCUAGCAGGGGUUCACCACUUCAUGGGCCACGCAUAAAACUUGUUGAGAAGGCUCGUGAUCUUUUUGCUGAAACAAAGGAACAUAAUUUCGAAUCAAAAGCUGCUGAAGAGCAUGCAAAAUUGUUGAGAAUGCAACAUGAGCUUGAGGUAUCCACAAAGCAAGCAAUAUUUGUAGAUUCAAGCAUCAGUGACACCAUUAGGACAUGCAUUGUGCUUGGAAAUCAUCGAGCUGCUAUGAAGGUGAAGACUGAAUUCAAGGUUUCUGAGAAAAGAUGGUAUUGGCUUAAAGUUUUUGCAUUAGCUACAAUAAGAGAUUGGGAUGCCUUGGAGAAAUUCUCAAAGGAGAAAAAACCACCUAUCGGUUAUAAACCCUUUGUCGAGGCUUGUGUUGAUGCAGACGAAAAAGGUGAAGCUUUGAAAUACAUCCCGAAACUUGUUGAUCUUCGAGAAAGAGCAGAGGCUUAUGCUCAAAUAGGAAUGGCAAAAGAAGCUGCAGAUGCUGCUUCUCAGGCGAAAGAUAGCGAGCUGCUUGGUCGGUUGAGGUUGAGUUUCUCACAAAAUACGGCAGCUGCAUCUAUUUUUGACACUAUCCGUGAGAGGCUGGGUGUUUCUUAAGGGUCUUUCACUCUUUCUCCAUGUAUUCUAAGUGUAAAUUUCCUCCAUAUAUUAAGCUGGAAUUUUCCUUGUCCAUAUUGUAUAUUGUAAAAGCCGUUGAUCAUUUUUUGUAAAUAAAAUAUAAACACAAGGAAAUUUACAUGUAGGCUUUCUUUGAUUCAGGUUUGGUUUGUUAAAUUCAAAACUAGUUUUGGUAAUCAUUCUGUAGUCCUUAUGAACUCCAAAAUGAACAAAAGGGAGAAAUUUGUUUUUGUUUCUUUUCGACAGAUGUGAUAAAAACAGAAUUGAGGUCAA